AUGUCAAACUUGCCUUCGGAACCUGAGUUCGAGCAGGCCUACAAAGAACUCGCCUCAACUCUCGAAAACUCAUCUCUCUUUCAGAAACAUCCCGAAUAUCGCAAGGCGCUCAAGGUCGCCUCGAUCCCCGAACGCGUCAUUCAGUUCCGUGUUGUCUGGGAAGAUGACAAGGGCGAGCUGCAAGUCAACCGCGGUUACCGGGUGCAAUUCAACUCUGCCCUAGGUCCAUACAAGGGCGGUCUCAGAUUUCACCCCAGUGUCAACCUGUCCAUUCUCAAAUUCCUUGGGUUUGAGCAAAUCUUCAAAAAUGCGUUGACCGGAUUAAACAUGGGCGGCGGCAAAGGAGGUGCCGACUUUGACCCCAAAGGAAAAUCAGACAAUGAGAUCCGCAAAUUCUGCGUCGGGUUCAUGACUGAAUUGUCGCGCCACAUUGGUGCUGAUACUGAUGUGCCUGCCGGCGAUAUUGGUGUCUCUGGACGAGAGAUUGGAUACAUGUUUGGACAGUACAAGAAGAUUCGUAACCAGUGGGAAGGUGUUCUCACUGGUAAGGGCUUGUCCUGGGGAGGAAGCUUGAUUCGCCCCGAGGCUACUGGAUACGGUCUUGUUUAUUACGUUCAACACAUGAUUCAACACGCCAGCAAAGGCAAGGAGUCUUUUGAAGGUAAACGCGUCGUGGUCUCUGGCUCAGGCAACGUCGCCCAAUAUGCAGCUUUGAAAGUUAUCGAACUAGGCGGAACAGUCGUUUCUUUGUCAGACAGCAAAGGAUCCCUUGUCAUCGCCAACGAGACGGAUGGCUUCACACCUGAAGAGAUCUAUGCCAUUGCCGACCUCAAGGUUGCCCGCCGCCAACUUAGCUCCAUCUUCUCCGCCGACGCUGCAGAAGCGAAAUUGUUCAGCACCGAGAAAUUCAAAUAUAUCGAAAAUGCUCGCCCAUGGCUCCACGUCGGCAAAGUCGACGUCGCUUUGCCAUGUGCCACACAGAACGAAAUUUCUGGCGAAGAAGCAAACGGUCUAAUUGACGCGGGCGUCAAAUUCGUUGCCGAGGGAUCAAAUAUGGGUUCUACCCAAGAAGCCAUCGAUAUCUUUGAGGCGGACCGAACCUCCAAAGCUGAGAGUAUAUGGUACGCACCCGGCAAAGCUGCUAAUCUCGGUGGUGUCGCCGUCUCUGGUCUUGAGAUGGCGCAGAACUCGGCCCGACUCAGCUGGACCCGGGAAGAGGUCGACGCUAAGCUCAAGGAUAUCAUGAAAGCGUCCUUUGAGAAUGGAUUGGAGACUGCCAAGGAAUUUGUGCCGUCGUCCGGAGAGGAGUUGCCUUCUCUUGUUGCGGGAAGUAAUAUUGCGGGCUUUAUGAAGGUGGCAGCUGCCAUGAAGGACCAGGGAGAUUGGUGGUGA